ACGAUCCGUGCGUGGAUUAAUGGCGUGCCACUCCGCAUAAAUGCUACUCGAUUUUUCUUAUUUUUCACAACAAACGCGCCGCAAAUCAACUCCAAAAAUCGAACAUGCGUAAAUAAUUGGAUACAAAUAUUCAUUUCAUAAUCCAGUGACAUCCAGGAGCCGUGUGUUUGGCGGUGAUUGAAAGCAGCGGUUUGCAAAUUUGCAAAAAAUUGUGCCGCCGCCUGCCCGUUGUGAAAAGUAGCUUCCUUUAGUGUUGAGGAUGGCGGACAUAGUGUAUCCUGCUGGAUGUCGCCCGCUGGUGGAGGACUUAGGCACCGACGAGCUGAUAAGGCGCCUUAAGACCCUCGCCAAUGUCCUGCAGACCAUGGACCAAGACGAUAAUCUCUACCAGCAGUACAUUCCAUUGGCUCUCCAUCUACUGGAUGACUUUUUCAUGCAACAUCCUUCCCGCGAUGUCCAGCUCCUAAUCGCCUGCUGCGUGGCGGAUGUCCUGCGUGUUUACGCACCUGAGGCGCCCUACAAAGAGCAAGAUCAAAUCAAAACUAUAUUUAAGUUUUUUAUAAAGCAACUUCACGGUCUAAAGGAUCCGCGCGAUCCCUCUUUUAAGCGUUACUUCUAUCUACUAGAGAAUUUAGCCUUUGUAAAGUCCUUCAACAUGUGCUUCGAACUGGAAGACUGCCAGGAGAUUUUCCAGGAGUUAUUCAGUACCAUCUUCAAGAUUGUCAAUGACCAGCAUAGCGCAAAGGUUACUAACUUUUUUCUGGAUGUGCUGAGCCCUCUGAUCACAGAAGCCGAUAAUCUUUCGGUGGAAUUGUUGGAUCUCAUACUAAUUAACAUUGUUGAACCGUAUAAAUCAAACAACAAGUUUGCCUGCCAACUAACCGAACAACUCCUCACCAAAACGGGCGAUGCUCUUGAGUCCACCAUCAAAAUGUUCUUCAACCGUGCUUUGGUUAUGGAUAAGCCAAACACGAAACUGUCCAUAACAAACAAAAUCUACGAUAUUAUCUACGAGCUUAACCGUAUCAAUGCAGACCUGCUGGUCUCAGUGCUGCCUCAAUUAGAGAACAAACUGCUGUCCACAGACGAUGCUGAGAGGCUGAAGGCCACCACUCUCUUAGCUCGUAUGUUCUCGGAAAAGGACUCACAGUUGUCAAAAAAGUAUCAAAGCCUUUUAAAAAUCUUCUUCGGUCGUUUCUGUGACAUCAGCGAGACUGUUCGCAUUAAGUGUGUUCAGUCGUCAAUGCACUUCCUGCUUAAUCAUCCAAAUCUUCAGCCCGAUAUUACCGAAAAAUUACGGCUUCGAAAUCACGACCUGGACGAGGCUGUGCGCCACGAAGUCGUUAUGGCUAUUGUAGAGACAGCUAAGCGAGACUUCAGUCUGGUGAUCGAGGCAUCCGAACUUCUAGAGAUUGUACGUGAACGGACGUUGGACAAGAAGUACAAGAUUAGGAGGGAUGCGAUGAAUGGUCUAGCGUACAUCUACAAGAGAGCGAUCUGCGAGCCUAACGAUUUAAGCACAGGGCUUAAGGUUAGAGUCGACUGGAUCAAAAACAAGAUACUACACGGUUACUAUAAAGUGGGCUUAGAGGAUCGCCUGCUAGUGGAACGCCUUCUUAUCACCUGCCUAGUUCCAUACAAACUAGCUCCCGAGGAGCGCAUGAAAAAGCUGUAUCAUCUGUUGGGCGAUCUGGAUGCUAACGCCACGAAGGCUUUUGUGGAGCUGCAGAAGAACCAAAUGAAGACUCGCAACACGGUCAGUGAUUGGAUCAAGCUGCACCACUCCAAGGAGUUUACGCCGCGCGUCUUGAACCAGCUUAGCGCUAAGCAGGCCAACAUUGCCAAACUGCUUCCAGAUCCUCUGAAGGCAGCCGAGUACCUCACCCAGUUUAGCAACAACCUGCGAAAAGAUGCCCAGCUGUUACGCUGCAUCAACAUAGUCCUGAAACGUGACGUAAGCUGCCGGGAGUGUGCCGAUACGAUGGGUGUGCUGCUGAAAAAGCUGGGCGCCCACGUACACUCGAAUCUGUAUUACAACACUGUCAAAAUGCUUAUUGAACGUGUGGCAUCCGUGAUGGUGGACAAAGAAUCCAUUGGCGUACUUGUUGGCCUCAUUGAGCAAUGCAUCCAGGGAGGGUCCAUGUGCGAGGAGAUCGGCAUCUCCCCACAGGAAGCGGGAGAACGUGGGCUCAAGUUGUUAAGCAUGCUUUCCUAUGUCUUCUCAGCUCACUUUUUCACGGAUACCUCGCUACGACAUUUAAUUUCCCUGCUCAGUUACGAACAUGACUAUGUUUCUCCCUUGGUGCUCAAGACUCUUACGCAUCUGGGACGCUAUCAGCCCCUUAUUGACGACACCACACCGGCCAUUCUCGAAGAGCUGGCUCCGGUGUGCAAGGACUUCGCUUUGAUCGGAACACCGAAACAGGCAAAACACGCAGUGCGUUGUAUUUUCGUGAACAGCCAGUCGUCGGCAGCAACUGAUGGAUCAGCAAGCGGAUCUGGGAGCGCAUCCACCACUACUCAAACAGUGCAUCCCAUAUUCAACGAGAUUAUUGAAACACUCCGCCUCAAACUGACUCCAAACUGCGAGCACCAGCGCACCAAGAUUGUGACAUUGGGUCACAUUGCUUUCAAUAUGCCACAGGCCUUCCUUACGCCUAUUAAAAACAUGAUUGCGCGUCGCAUUGUUAAAGAGCUACUCAUUCAAGAGGUUCCGGCGCAGCGGGAUUACGAACUACCAGAAGACAGCGACUGGUGUGCCCAAGAAGAACUGCCGCCUGACACGUUGUGUAAGCUGGAUGCACUCAAAGCAAUGGCCCGAUGGCUUUUGGGUCUACGCACUGAUGAACAUGCCGCUCAGAAGACAUUCCGAAUGCUGGCCGCAUUUGUCAACCAGCGUGGCGAUCUCCUCGGCCAGAACCGCCUUUGCGGUGCCGAAAAAUCCUGGUUGCGUCUGGGGGCUGCCUGCGCCAUGCUCAAGGUGUGCGAGCAGAAGGGCGUCGGCGACCAGUAUAGUGCCGAGCAGUAUUUGCAGCUGUCCCAGCUGAUGGUUGAUCCGGUGCCUGAGGUACGAGAAAUCUUUGCUCGCAAACUGCACAAGGGAUUGGGAAGAAGUCUGCCAAGGAAUUGUUUGCCCCUGGAUUUUAUGGGCUUGUAUGUGCUGGCUGGCCUAGAGACUGACAGAAAAUUACAAGACCUUGUACGUCAUUAUGCGGAAACAGAUGUAAACAAACGUCGGGAAUAUCUCAAGACUGUGGCUAUGACGUCUCCCGACAGUUCAACGGAGUCACAAUCACUUCACUUACUACCUGACUAUAUGCUGGCUUUCGCCAUUCCUGUGCUGGUCCACGAUCCGCGCUUUACGAAUCAUGAAGACUAUGUUCAGCUGCGCAAAAUGGAAAAAUGCCUGCGUUUCAUUCUGGAGCCUCUUAUGGCCAAACGCGAAUCGUUUGUCCACAGCUUCUACAAACAGCUACUACAACUGAUAAAGCAUCGGGAGUUCAGUCAGGGCUCGGACAAGCGCGACAACUAUAAAAUGUGGGCGCUCUGCGAUCUCGCUAUGUACAUUAUCGACUCAAAAUUCAGUCCAUUUGAUGCCAACACGAACACAUUUUCCAUGCCGCUGGCCCUGCCAGAAAUGUAUUAUAAACAGCCUGCCGCGGCGAAUUUUCAAAACAACGACGUCUAUAUACCGCUGGACGUGUAUACAUUGGGAGUUAAAUCUACGAGCAAAGCUGCCACGACGGCUAUGACAACGUCGCGAGCUGCUACAAAAAGGCCGGCAGAACCAUCCAUUCUCGAUGAUGAGAAUCCGCAGGAGAAUAAUUUGUUUGACAACAUACGAGCGGCUGACACUACAGAGCCCAUGGCCAAAAGAACUCGUGGGGGAGCUACCACGGCCAAAUCAUAGGAAUUUGAGGCGCAGAAUAAUGCUGCAUUGAGCGCAUACUUGUUAGUUUAGUUAUGUUUAGUAUAGGCGCCUAAGUUAACUAAAUAUUUAAGACGUAGGGGAGACUACGAUAGUUGUUAAACCGACACUACCUAAUACCUACAUCAUGCAGAUCAGACUUAAAUAAUAAGAAUUCGGACUAUUUAGUUUCGCAAUUUGUAAAUUUGUGAGAAAGACCAAAAACACAAAAUUCAGAUAACGUGUCGUAUCAGCUGUUAACCGCAUCUCUGUAAAAGUAAUUAUUUAUCAAUCAGAAAGUUUUUACAUUGUUUUUUAUAGUGUCAGAUUAUUUGAUUUAACUUUUUAUCUUUAGUUGUAGUCAUUAUUUUAUAUCGAAUAAAUGAAGGAGAGUAUAUCGCGAA